CUUGGGCACGUUCACCACGUAUAAUGUUCCUAAAACAGCGAGUCGAGGAGGAAAUAACAUGCAUUUAAAACCUGUAUCGUAAAUAUGACGGAACUCAACUCCGAUCCAAGUACGGAAACUUGUAUUUUCUGUUUAAUAUCCAAAGGCCAAGACAAAAACACGGAAGUUAUCAAAGAGAACAAGGAGCUGGUGUGUUUCAGAGACAUUGUCCCGGCUGCUCCUCACCAUUACCUGGUUGUACCCAAAGAACACAUACGCGACUGCCUCUCGCUGCACGCAGGACACGUGGACCUCGUUAAAAUGAUGGCUAAAAUGGGAAUGGCUGUACUACACGACCAAGGGAUCUCUGAUGUGAAGGACAUAAGCCUGGGGUUCCACCAACCUCCCUACACUUCAGUUGCUCACCUCCACCUCCAUGUACUCGCCCCCGCCAGCCAAAUCUACGAGGACAUGGAGUAUAAAUUCAUUCCAAAUUCCUACAGGUUUGUUACUGAAGAAUGUCUUCGGAAGCAACUGAAGGAUAAUACUUCACCGUUCAAAGAUUCUUGUUGUCCAACAUUAUGAGACGCUAUUGCGAUGACAACGUUAUAUGCGUUCGUCUGGGAAGAACAUUAUUUGGAAGUCUUUUCAACGAAUGAGAUAACGAAGCGUACAAAUGAAUAAGUAAUGAAAGGAAAAUUGUUGCAUUGAGAUGUUACCGUAGACUGCUGACUACACACGGUUUGUUGUGGACUUUGUGUGGACGACUGUAUAUUAAGUUUCACGUUGCAAAAUGAAUUGCACUUUGAUGAUCAGUGAUUUGUGAAAACAAUGGAUUGACUCAAUUGAACACCAUUCUGUGUAUAUAAGUGUGUUGUGAUUUUUCUUUAAAUUUAAAUUUUUGCUGAAAUCUUUGUACAUGUGUGUAUAUACAGUGUGUCCAUUAGGGAUUGAAUAUCAUUUGUGUUUAUUGUUACAAAAGACAUCCUGCAAAAUAAGAGAGGAUAACUGUAUUGUAUUAUUAGUUGGAAAAGUAUGGUGGCCUUAUUUUCUCUAUGAGAUGUUGUUAAUACAGUUUCGAGUUUCCAAGUAACCAGCAGCUUAUCCAGGAAGUUACUGUGUCUGGUUAAGAAAUUCUUUGAAAUAUAGAAAAAACACAAAAAUUUA